AUGUUCACCCUAUCUGAAGAGUCCAAGGAGCGCAUUGGCAAGCUCAUUGAUAUUUCCCGCGUCGCUGUUCACUAUGGCUACCUCCCCUUGAUUCUCUACCUCGGCUACACCCGCAGCGACCCCAAGCCCUCUUUGAUCCGCCUCAUCUCUCCCCUCUCCUAA